AAGCAGAAUGUCGUCGUCGUCGUCAAAUUUCUUGGACUUGUACGAGCCGCUCGAUAUCAUUGGCAAUGGCUCCUUUGGAAUCAUCAGAAAAGUACGGCGGAAGUCGGAUGGCGUGAUCUUGGCUCGGAAAGAACUCAACUUUGAGAGAAUGAGUGAACGAGAUAGGAAGCAGAUUGUUGCCGAAGUUAACAUCCUCAAAGACCUCCACCACGAACACAUCGUCCGCUACCAUGACCGCCACGUCGACCGCGAAGCUGGCAUCCUCUACAUCCUCAUGGAAUACUGCGGCGGCGGCGACCUCUCCACUGUCAUCAAGCAGGCGCAGAAACACGGCGUGACGAUCCCCGAAGAUACGGUGUGGAAUUAUUUCAUGCAGAUCGUGUUGGCGCUGCAGCAUUGUCAUCAUCCGAAUGGGGGGUCGGGAGGCCCUGGCGCGGGAGGAGGGAGCGCGAGUGCGGUCGGGGGGUUGGGGCAGGGACAUGCGAGGAGUUAUUCGGAUUCGGAGGGGGGAAGUGGGAGUGUUACGCCGACAGGGGGAGGGAGUGGGAGUGGGGGGAAGGAGAAGAGGGUGCAGAUUUUGCAUAGGGAUCUGAAGCCGGAUAAUGUGUUCCUGGACGAAGCGUAUACGGUCAAGCUCGGCGACUUCGGACUCUCGAAAGCGCUCGCGCAGGCCAGUUUUGCGAAUACCUACGUUGGCACACCGUAUUACAUGUCGCCGGAAUUGAUGCAAGAAAAAGCGUACGACUCCAAGUCGGAUAUCUGGUCCCUGGGAUGCUUGAUAUACGAACUUUGUGCGCUGAAACCGCCGUUUCACGAGGCAAAGACGCAUUCGGAGCUGAGCAUGUUCAUCCGGAACGGACGAAUACCGCCGUUACCGAGAGGGUACAGUCAACAGUUGACGAAUGUGAUCAAGUGGAUGCUGAACCAGAACCCGGCAAUGCGUCCGUCCGCGACACAACUUCUCCAGACCGAGCGAAUAGACUUUUCCCUGAAAGUCUUCCGCGCAGAGAAACAGAUCCUCAUCGCCAAGAACCGUGAAACGGUCUGCAUGACGAAAGAGCAAGAACUCCUCGCUCGCGAACGCGCCCUCAUCGCCCGUGAAUCCCAUCAAUCCGCCCUCCUCUCCCACCGCGACCAAGAGAUCGGCAACCUCCGCUCAAAGAUCACCGAGCUCUCCACUCAACUCUCCGCCACCUCCGCGCAACUCGUCUCCACGCAGGCCUCGAUCGAGUCGCGGAUCCAGGAGGCGAUGCAGACGCGGAUGCACGAGGUGCUGAACGCGAGGAUCCAGGAGGCAAUCACGAAGAGGGAGGAGGAGCUGAAGGUACUUGUGAUGCGGCGGGAGGAGGAGGUGGCGCAGGCGAUGAGGAGGAGGGAGGAGGAGAUUAUGGAUGCGGUGAGGAGGAGGGAGGGAGAGGUGGAGGAGGCGUGGGAAAGGAGGGAGAAGGCUAUGAGGGACGAGAUGUGGGAGGAGAUUAGGGAGGAUGUGGAGAAGGAUGUGGCUGAGAGGUGGAGGGAUGAGUGGGAUCGAUUGGAGGAGGUUAGGGGGGAGGUGGAGAAAAUGAGGGAGGAGGUGGAUGAAAGGAUCAAGAAGGCAGAAGAGGGGGUAAAGAAAGGCAAGAAAGAGAAAACACCGUUGGAAGAAGUCAAGAACAUUCUCGCGCCAUUAGCACAACUCACGAAGGACACCUCACACUCGCAUCCUCAUCCUCAUCCACCACUCGCACCCUCAUCCGCCUACCAAGCCACCCCUGCGCGACCCGCCUCCACCUCCUCCGCCACAGCACGUGAUCGCCGCCCUUUCGAGACCCCACUAAACCGUGCGGCCGGGCCCUCCCGCGCCUCCAAACACGGUCAACCCGCAGUGCCCGCCUCCGCCAUGAAAGGCGUCAUCCUCACCUCAACGGGCGAAGCCCUCUCCACACCCACUCCAUCCGAUUUCGCGAAAUUCUUCGUGGAGUCGCCGGUCGUCGGCCACGGUGGACUUGGCUUCUCGAAGAUAUUCGAUUUCGAGAAGAGGUUGGUCGAGGCGAGGGAGGAGGCGGACAGUGAGGAGGAUGAGCUGGAGGAGCUGGAUGAGGGGGUGACGGUGACUAUUCCUGCGAGCGGAAGUGGUGGGAGUGCGAGUGCGAGUGCGAGGAUGGCGAGUAGUAAGAGUUCGAGUGGGAAGAGCUCGAGUGUGAGUACGAAGGUGGAUAGCAGGCCGCCGAGCAGUCCUUCGAAGGGUAGAGAGAGGGAGCGGGAUAGAGACAGGGACAGGGAUAGAGAGCGAGAUACUGGGUCGAGUGCGAGGGAGAAGACGAGGGCGAUCUCGGCUUCUGCGUCAUCUGCGUCGACUACGACUUCGAGCUCAUCGAGGGUGAAGACCAGGAGUCAGAGUCAGAGUCAGAGCCAGGCCUCGGCUGCACGCGAGAGGGAGAGGGAGAGGGAGCAGCGGGAGAGAGAACGCGAGAGGGAGCGGGAGCGGGAGAAGGAGAAGGAGCGGGAGCGAGAACAACGAGAGAAAGAAAAGGAAGAGCAGGAGAGGGAGAGAGAGCGCGAGAAGGACAGGUCGGAGAACAAGACGAUCCCAGCGACGAGGUUGAGGAGGCCGUCGAUUAGGGUAGGGGGGAGGCCGAGCCUAGGCAAUAGCACGGAGAACCCUGGUCUUACCUCCGCCAGCAGUGCCCACACCGCCUCGUCAUCUUCCGCGGCAUCAUCAUCCUCAAGUUCGCAUACGCAGACAAUGUCAAGUACGCAUGCUAACGGACGCCCACAAGCGAGUCGGUCAGCUUCGACACCUGCGUCGCCACCGAAGUACGACUUGAACGACGAAGCAAACCUUCCCUCACCCUUCCUGAAGAAAAUCGACCGCGAGAAGUUUGCGCCCACAUCACAAUCUUCAUCGUCUGCCUCCUCCGCUAUAUCAUCCUCCGCUGCCACCGCUUCCUCCGCCGUAUCGAGUGUCAGCGCCACCGGUGCACUUCCCAAGAAAAGACCAAGUGCGGGCAAUAUGUUGAGGGCUGUUGCUGCGGCCAACAGCGCGAAAACGACUUCUGCAAACGGUAUCGUAAAGAGCUCGAGUGUGGGGACGAUUGGCUCCAGAAAUAAUGAGCCAACAUCUAGUCGGCCAGCACCGACGAGUACACGUAGUGGACCGGUGGAAACGAGGUUAAGCAGGGCGAGAGCGCAGGCUGCGGGUGUUAUGGGCUCGUAGUUGUGGGAGUAUACUUGCUGCUGGACUCUUUACGUUUGGCCUUUUUCUUUUCUUUUCUUUUCUUUGUCUGUGGUCUGUCACUUUCGUUCCGAUUUAUAGGUAUGGCUCUCCUGCCUUCUCUUCAUCUGCCUUUCCCUUCUUUUUACAGUUAUCUCGUCUCAUUUCUCGCUCUAUCAGUCUCGUUGCCUCUUUUGGAUGACUUUAGGUUCUAUGAUCAUGACGCCUUCCAAGCCACCAUUUUUUUUUUCUUUCAUGUCGAAUCCCAGUCUCAAUCACAUUGCCUCUUGACUCCGCAGACUCUGCCCGGUGCAUACUUCAGUGACUCUUCAUACCAGCCCGUUCAUGAUACACAUGUGCAUAUUUUUUCUACCGUAUCCUUCAUCGAUUUAUCCCAUUGACAUCGUCACCAUAGCCAUCCC